CCGCAUUACCGGAUUUAUGAUUUAUGAUUUAUGUUAACACACACCGAUGGCCGGAAUGCCGCCGAAACCCCUCUCUCCGCCGGAAUGGGAUUCCCUAAUCGACGAUUACAAUCUCGACGGCGCCUCCCGCCUCCACCGCUGGACCGGCGGCGCAUCCGUUCCGGACCUCUGCCUCUCCUCCAUCCUCCGCAAAGACUUCCCCAUCCAACUCAAGCUCCACAUUCUCACUUUCCUCGAGCACCACUCGCUCGAAGAUUCGCCCCCUCCGCCGCCCUUCCUACUCCGCCUCCUCGACGCCCUCCGCUCCGUCAUCCAGUCCCCCAGCGACCCCUUCCCCCUCAAGGACCAAUUCCUCAUCUCCACCACAGCCGUCUUCGUCACAUCGCUCUCCGAGGCCGACGAAUUCGGCGGCGGCGCGCCCCCUCUCUGCGGCCUCGUCGAGCUGCUGCUGACUAUCAUCAAUCGCCCCAACCACAGCCUCGAUCGCCACACGCGCGGCGUCGCGUGCGAGUGCCUGCGCCAAUUGGAGCUUGCUUUCCCCUGCUUGCUCUCCGAGAUCGCCCCCCAUUUGUGGUCUCUUUGCCAGAGCGAGCGCACUCACGUUUCGCAGUGGUACGUUCUGUUGCUCUCCACUGCUGUACUCAAUAUUGUGAAGCUGAAGCCGAGUGAGGCUAGUAUUGCAUCGAUUAGUAAUCCUACAAUCCCUCUGGUCCCCUUCAACCUACCUCAGUUUUUGAUAGAUAGAGUUGGGGCAGAUUUCGUGUGGAAGGAGAACGAGAAUUGCUAUAAAGAGUUGAGGAAAGUGGUUUCAUAUUUGCUUGAUUGCCCUCAGUAUUUAACUUCAUUUGGUGUGGUGGAGUUUAUGGGGGCCAUCAUUCCAUUAGCUGAAGAAUUGGAACUUCAGGCUUCUUUGUUGAGAGUGCAGUUCUCAUGGCUGCUAUACACAUUCAAGCCAUUGCUUUGCCACAUUUUCUUGCGUAUGUACGUGAAGUUUUUGGAUUCAUUUGAGGGGCAAGAGUUUGAAGUAGCUUCAAGAUUGUUGUUAUUGUCGAAAGAAUCCCAUCAUUAUUUGGUAUUUAGGUUGUUGGCUCUUCACUGGAUGUUGGGCUUAUUUGCUUUGACAGUUGGAGAGGAAGAAGCAAGAAAGAGAAGCGUAAUCGAUAUGAGCUUAAGGUUUUAUCCUACAAUAUUUGAUCCACUGGCUAUGAAAGCCUUGAAGCUUGACCUGCUUGCAUAUUGCUCUAGAUUGCUCUCUGAUGUUGGAGAUGCAAAUGUUGUAAAGGGUGUGGAGGUGGAUAAGGAGGUGUAUAAAGUCAAGCUAUUCAAAGACGGCCUUCUUUCAGUAUCAUCUUUCGAAUGGCUGCCGCCAUGGAACACGGAAACUGCAGUGGCGUUUCGCACCUUCCAUAAGUUUCUGAUAGGUGGAUCACCACAUUCUGACAGUGCUACUUCUUCCGUUUCUACUCUUACGGAGUCUAACAUUUUUGACGCCUUACAGAAGAGACUGGUGGACUCAACUUCAGAAUUCAAGGGAUUGGUGCCAGUAGUUGUUGCAUUCAUUGAUAGGCUCUUGGGAUGCCACAAACACCGCUGGUUGGGAGAACAUCUCCUUAAAACACUGGAUAAACAUCUGCUUCCGAAACUUAAAAAAGACUAUAACCUGGGAUCUUACUUUCCUAUAUUUGAGAGAAUUUCUGAAAAUGACAACGUCUCACCUAGUGGGCUGUUAAACCUUCUGUUGAGAUUCAUGGUUUUUCUUGUAGAGAAACAUGGUCCUGAUAGUGGGUUGAGAUCUUGGCAUCAUGGGAGUAAAAUUCUUGGCAUUUGUAGAACAAUGCUGGUCCACCAUCACGGUUCUAGCUUGUUUACUGGGUUAUCUCAUCUUCUGGUUUCUAUUUGUCUUUUCUUUCCUGAUCUGGAGGUUCGUGAUAGUGCGAGAUUUUACCUGAGAAUGCUAAUUGGCAUACCAGGAAAGAAGCUCAAGCACAUCCUGAAUACAGGGGAACAUUUGCCUGGGUUAUCUCCAUCUACUCAUUCUGGCUCAUUCUUCAGUCUUCAAUCCGCUUCAAUUUUUCCUGAUCUUAAGAAGUCUAGCAGUAUUGCUUCUUGUAUAUACAUUGAACGGGCAACGUCAUUACUAGUGAAGCAGUCAUGGUCCUUGUCCCUUCCUAACUUUGGCACCAAUCCUGGUUUGCCUGGUUUUUUUGACGGCAUCAGGGAUAAUGAACCAGUAGGCGAGGAACAGGUCUUGGAGAUAACUAUGAGUGGUGAUACUAUCUUAGAGAAUGAUUUGCCUCAUCAACAAAAGGGGCCUUUACGGGUGAUGGAUGCAAAAAAUUCUGAGAUCGUCAAUGAACUGAGAAGACAUUUUAUAUCUAUUCCUGAUUAUAGACAUAUGCCAGGGCUCAAGAUUCAGAUCUCCUGUAAUUUGAGAUUUGACUCAGAGCCAUUGGUUGAUGAAGAGAAGAAAUUUACAGGAGCUAAUGCAUUUGACAGAGAGGACCAACUUCCUGCGCUAUAUGCUACAGUGCUUACAUUCACUUCCUCCUCACCAUAUGGAGCUAUUUCCCCAUUUCAUAUUCCUUUCCUUCUUGGCUCACCACCUAAAAAUGAUAAACUUUUGAGCCAAGCUGAGUCAUUAGCUAUUGUUUCUGUGGAGAAUGGCCACGUAGAAGAAGAGAGCUUUAAAGCUCCUGUGUGUAUAGAGUUUGAGCCACGAGAACCAAUGCCUGGCCUGGUUGAUGUUUUCAUUGAAACUAAUGCAGACAAUGGUCAGGUAAUCAAAGGACAGCUUCAUAGCAUUUCUGUUGGGAUUGAGGAUAUGUUUCUCAGAGCUAUUGUUCCAGAUGACAUUGCUGAAGAUGAUGUUCCGAGUUACUAUGUGAAUCUAUUCAAUGCAUUAUGGGAGGCCUGUGAGACAACAUCCAGCACCGGUAGAGAAACCUUUUCCCUGAAAGGAGGAAGAGGGAUUGCUGCUAUCAGUGGGACGCGAUCCGUAAAACUUCUUGAAGUUCCAGUGACAGCUUUGGUUGAAGCUAUUGAACGACACCUGGCACCUUUUGUUGUUUGUGUCAUUGGUGAACCACUUGUUGGCAUGGUGAAAUCAGGGGGCGUGAUCAAGGAUGUUAUAUGGAAGGAUUCCAGCUCAGAUUCUUCAUUGGAUAUAACUUGUUCACCAACUAGUGCUCGAGGGGCCCUUUAUCUCAAGUACUUUGGUGAUGAAGAAGAAGAUGAUGGAGGGACUCAAAUUACAGCUGCUAGAGAAAACAUAGGUUACUGUCACAUUUUGAUAUUUCUUCCACCAAGAUUCCAUCUCCUAUUUCAGCUGGAGGUUCGUGAUUUUUCAACUCUGGUCCGGAUUAGAACUGACCAUUGGCCAUGCCUAGCCUAUGUUGACGACUAUUUGGAAGCUUUAUUUUUGGAGUGAAGCCUUCUUCACAACCCUUCAACUGGAUUAUGUUUGAUUGACGCUGUUCAGGAUUUGGCCUCAAAUUCUUUUAUUCUUGUUCACUCAAAAAUAAGGCAUUGUUGAGCAUGGUUAUGGAACAGCGUCGCAAGAACACAAGAGUGGGUACAUGGAUUCUUGGAAAUGGGGAAGUACAUCUUUGUUGAAGCUACGAUUCGGAUCCAAAAUACACAUCCCAGGGUAGCUGAAGAUGGCUUAGAGCUCUCAUUGACACAUUAUCUACGAGCUUUGGAGCAUUUGAGGAAACCAACUCGACCCACAUCACGUGUUAAUGUUGGACAUCAAGUAUCGAGAUAGAUAAAUGAAUCUGUGGUUUUCUCUUACUGUAAUUUGUACUCUAUAAGUUGAGAUGCAGGAAGGCCCUGGGAACGAAAAAGAGGCAUUAACCCGACAUGAUGAUGGCAUGAGUCGAGCAUGUUGGAAGUUAAUGUGGCCUUUGAACAGAAGAUGAAGCUAGAUCUCCAUAUCCAGAUGUAAGUGUGCGCCCUUUCCCCUUCGGCCUGAACAAUCGGUCUCGAGUUCUGCAGAUUUUUGAGGUUGUUUCUGUAUUUGUAAUUCUUUCCGGCAGACUAUUUAACUGCACUAUUCCUACGAAAAUGUGUUUAAAUUAAAAAUAAAUAAAUUGUGA